AUGGAGGGCCUGGCUGGCUAUGUAUACAAGGCGGCCAGCGAGGGCAAGGUGCUGACUCUGGCCGCCUUGCUUCUCAACCGGUCUGAAAGCGACAUCCGCUAUCUGCUUGGCUAUGUCAGCCAGCAGGGAGGGCAGCGCUCCACGCCCCUCAUCAUCGCAGCCCGCAAUGGGCACGCCAAGGUGGUGCGCUUGCUGUUAGAACAUUACCGGGUGCAGACUCAGCAGACUGGCACUGUCCGCUUCGACGGAUUGAACCAGGAAAUACAUGAGUUCAGUUUUGUGAUCAGAAAUGUUAUCUUUUAUUGUGCAAUGUUUCCAUCAUCUGAUGCAUACAUUUUGUUUAAAAGGUAUGUCAUUGAUGGUGCCACCGCUCUUUGGUGUGCAGCAGGGGCAGGACAUUUUGAAGUUGUUAAGCUUCUAGUCAGUCAUGGAGCCAACGUGAACCAUACCACAGUAACUAACUCAACCCCCCUACGGGCAGCAUGCUUUGAUGGCAGAUUGGACAUUGUGAAAUACUUGGUUGAAAAUAAUGCCAACAUCAGCAUUGCCAACAAGUAUGACAACACCUGCCUAAUGAUUGCAGCAUAUAAAGGACACACUGAUGUAGUCAGAUACCUUUUAGAACAACGUGCUGAUCCAAAUGCUAAAGCACAUUGUGGAGCCACAGCAUUGCACUUUGCAGCUGAAGCUGGGCACAUAGAUAUUGUGAAGGAGCUGAUAAAAUGGCGUGCUGCUAUAGUAGUGAACGGCCAUGGGAUGACGCCAUUAAAAGUAGCUGCUGAAAGCUGUAAAGCUGAUGUUGUCGAACUGUUGCUCUCUCAUGCUGACUGUGACCGAAGAAGUCGGAUUGAAGCUUUGGAGCUCUUGGGUGCCUCCUUUGCAAAUGACCGUGAGAACUACGACAUCAUGAAGACAUACCACUAUUUAUAUUUAGCUAUGUUGGAGAGGUUUCAAGAUGGUGAUAACAUUCUUGAGAAAGAGGUUCUCCCACCAAUCCAUGCCUAUGGGAAUAGAACUGAAUGUAGAAAUCCUCAGGAACUGGAAUCCAUUCGGCAAGACAGAGAUGCUCUUCACAUGGAAGGCCUUAUAGUUCGGGAACGGAUUUUAGGUGCCGACAACAUUGAUGUUUCCCAUCCCAUCAUUUACAGGGGAGCUGUUUAUGCAGAUAACAUGGAAUUCGAACAGUGUAUCAAGUUGUGGCUUCAUGCCCUGCACCUCAGACAGAAAGGUAACAGGAAUACCCAUAAGGAUCUUCUUCGAUUUGCCCAAGUUUUUUCACAGAUGAUACAUUUGAAUGAAACUGUGAAGGCCCCAGACAUAGAAUGUGUUUUGAGAUGCAGUGUUUUGGAAAUAGAACAAAGUAUGAACAGAGUAAAAAAUAUUCCAGAUGCUGACGUCCACAGUGCUAUGGACAAUUAUGAAUGUAAUCUCUAUACUUUUCUGUAUUUAGUGUGCAUUUCCACCAAAACACAGUGCAGUGAAGAAGAUCAGUGCAAAAUUAACAAGCAGAUCUACAACCUGAUUCACCUUGAUCCCAGAACUCGUGAAGGUUUCACCUUGCUGCAUCUAGCUGUCAACUCGAAUACCCCAGUUGAUGAUUUCCACACCAAUGAUGUCUGCAGCUUUCCAAACGCGCUUGUCACAAAGCUCCUGCUGGACUGUGGUGCUGAGGUGAAUGCUGUGGACAAUGAAGGGAACAGCGCCCUUCACAUUAUCGUUCAGUACAACAGGCCCAUCAGUGAUUUUUUGACCUUGCACUCUAUCAUCAUUAGCCUAGUUGAAGCUGGCGCUCACACCGACAUGACAAAUAAACAGAAUAAGACUCCGCUAGACAAAAGUACAACUGGGGUAUCAGAAAUACUACUUAAAACUCAAAUGAAGAUGAGUCUCAAGUGCCUGGCCGCCCGGGCAGUUCGGGCUAAUGACAUUAACUACCAAGACCAGAUCCCCAGAACUCUUGAAGAGUUUGUUGGAUUUCAUUAAGUGACUGGAUAUGUAAAAUCAUUUAAUGUGGUGCUAAAAAGUAAAGGACUUUAAUCACAGACAAUAGAAUUAUGUGUUCAUAAAAUCUGCUUUUCUUUCCACUACCCUUCCUCCCUACUCAUCCUUCCUUAGUUUUGUAUUUGGUCUUCUUGCCUCAUAUGGUUACUGAUUUCAAAUACACUUAAACAAAACCACAUUGUUUAGGUGUAACUAUAAGGUGUUCGGAUAUUGGUCACUUAACUAUUUUUCUUUUUUUUUUAAAGGAAUGAAUAUAAAAUAUUUUGUUUAUGUAACAAGGGCCCUUAUGAUUUGAAGUUGAUAAUGUUUAAAAAAAAAACUGCCUAGAAAAGUAUUUCUGUUAAGCCUGUGUCAGCAUGUUAUUCUCUGCAGCAGUUUUGAGGAUUUCAUGAAGAAAAACAACGAAAAGGAACAUUAAAAGUAAUGGAAUAUCUAGAUGUUCUGCACAUGCCAAACUGCUAUAGGUAGUUUUCACUCUUCCAUUAUUUAUGUGAAGAGAUCAACGCAUUAUAACAUCAGGAGGAUUUUUAAAAAUAUAACUGCAGAUUAAUCUGAAAAAUGUGCUAACUUAAUAAUAGUUACAAAUUUAUAAAGUUAAAUCCAUUGAAAUUGUUGAAUUAUGCUGGGUGGUACAUACACAGCAGUAAUCUUAAAGCAACUUUUCAGAGAAUAUUGAUGGACUAUUUGCCUUUGGGCUUGGAUUCUAAAAUGUGUGGAAGUCUCUGUUUUAAUAUAAUUAAUCUAAAUUGCAGUAGUCUGCAUUUGACUUAGCUCACAGACAUGUAAAAAUUAUGAAUGCUGUGUUCUCUCUUAGGAAACAAAUUGUCACAAUAUAGUUAUAUGUUCUUCUUUUGUCCCCUUCUCCCUUUCUUCUUGUGCGGUAUCUUUUAAAAUUGGAAACUACUUUUCCAGAGGGCAUUAUUUGUGCCUCCCUAAGAAGGUUUUUAUGACAGAUGAAAAGGAACUGGGAUAUUUUUAAUUUUUUCACCUUAUUCAGUCUGUGACAAGUAGAAAAAUCACUAGUGUGGUAUAGGAAAUUCCGUGUUUUUGAUAAUAAAAAUAAUUCUCAAUGCCAUUUGGAAAGAUAUUUCUGCCUGAGGGCAGCAAAUUUUGGAACCACAAAAUGUCACUUAUUCCGACAGGCUGUACAGAGGUCUUUAUGGGUUUUUUUUGUUUGUUUGUUUUGUUUUAAUGGCAACAUUGUAAACUGUCAAAUUAAAAGAAUAUCCUGUGAUUAUCUUUUAAGCAUCACAGAAAUUCAAGUAAAGGGUACACACCUAUUUCUUUCAAUGUUAAAAAUGAUAAAGAAAAUGAAAUUAGCUAUAUCUGUAUUUUUCUCUCUAGUGCCAAAUGAAUGCCUUAGCUACUCAUAGUGCAUGGUACUGUAAGUGAAGGCCUGCAGCUUUUCUUCUUUAAUGAAAAGCAUUAUAAUGAUGCAGCAACAUCAGAUAUGAACUAAAAAAAACAACAACAAAAACCACUGGUAAGGUUUCAGUUAACAUUUUAUGUAUGGAUAUUGCUUUGUGAAGUGUAAGAAAAAGGUUGCAGCCGGAUCAGUAUAAAACAUAAUGACUAAGCCAAAAUCAGCACCUAGGGCCUUAAAUAAAAUAGAUACCCCAUGAAAUGAAACACUCUGAAGGAUAGGAGGGAAUGGAUGGGGGUACUUUAAAAACUUCUUCCCCCAAGAACGCAAGAUAAUUUUACUGUGCUGUAGUUAUACUUCACAUGUCUUCUUGCUUCAGUUAGGAAUGUUUUGAUGGUAAAUUCUGUCAUAGUAAUAUAUUUCUGUUUUCCUAACCUGAGAUUUUUACAAGGAAGGUUUUUUGAAUGAGCCCUAAUUUGAAAGUUACUGGCCUUGAUCUUCCUGGUGUGAAUCAGGGAACUACUAUACCUUGCUCUUGGCAACUCUCAUGGCCUGAAGGAGAAAAUGCUCAUCCUCCAGGUGAGUGAAUCACGCCUUUUUCACAGCUCAGAUCAGACCCUGUAUUUUUCAGACUUCAAGGCCUGCUUAUUUGACAGUCUGAGGAAUAGCUAUGAUACUUGGUAUUUAGUUGGUUCCAUUAUUAAUGCAUAUGAUUGUUAAACAUCAAAACUUAAAAUAUCAGAUAAUGUUGCAUGUUUUAAAAAUCAUUUCACCCCUUUGGCUACCCAGGACGAGAACUAUUUUAGAUAUUACUUACUUAUAAAACGAGGAUAAUGAUUAUCUGUACAUAUUCAGACAUCAAAAUUUAAUGACACUCAGUGUUUUUGAGAAGGGAGGACUGAAUGCUGGAGAGAGUAAAACUGCUGAUUGAAAUGCUGACAAAGCCGGAGAAAGAAUUUGAAGACAGCAGAAUGGACUAUGAACUUUGCUAAUGGUAACCGAGAUUUUUUUUUUUUAAACUAUAGUAUAGCGGUACAUUGUGCACUAUAUUGCUAAGGAUCUAAUUCUGUCUUGUAAAACGAAUCCAAAUACGUAUUGUGAAACACCUGUAUAAAACCAUUCUUGAAACAAGUGAUUACAUGCCUGUUUUGUUUUUUUUUUUUUUUUUUUGGUAGAAUUAUUUUAAAAUCUGUUUAGCCGAACCCUUCCCAAACUUAAGUUUUGUUUUGUUUUUUUAAGAAAAUAAAUAAGUAAGGAAGGUGAUAGUUCCGUAUCUCAGCUCUCCGAGAACUCUGGGCUGUUGCCAUUUUUUAGCCACUUUUGUCAUUUUGUGUUUAUUAUUGGUAGAAUUAUGCUUUAGAUUGUACGUCUUCCUUGAUAACAUGACAAAUUCAAUCAAAACUUCUUGGUCUUGCUCAGUAAUUGUCAUAUAAAUUUAGUUAACUAGAGGCCCAAGUGGAUGAAUGCCUGGGCAAACCAUGUGAAACCUUGGGUGGGUUUUGCACUUAAGAGUUGGUAAAAUUGAACUCUUGAGUUUAGGUAACUAUUUAAGUCAAGGAAUGGGCAGCAAAUCCACCCUUCAACUGAUCAGAAAGGAAAUUUUUGACAUAAGAACUCUGACACAACAUUGUUUUCAGUCUACCCUGGAUUGCUCUCUAGUAGGCCACAGUCCAGCUACCUUAAGGUUCUUUGCUGUGGGCACUUCAAACAAACAAACCCAAAAGCAAACUUUGGUCUUGCUUGUUUCUGGGAAGGGUUUUAUUGCAUUACCCUGAUCAUUGAUUAAUAACUGUAAUCAUGAGAAACUUAGGCAUGAUAGCACUGUUUGAAGUACAAUGUGAUGUGGGGGCAGCAACUCCGUGAGUGUCAGCUCUGCAUUUGGCAAGUGGUUUUGAAAACCAGAAUCCCAAGGGAACACUACCCUGUCACUAGUCUCCAUCUCAG